GCUCGGAUAUGGAGAAGCUAGUGUAUUUUAUGGAAAGCUAUGGUCCAGAGCAACAUCGACGUUGAAGACGGAAUUGACUCGUCUAGGAGAUAUAGUAAAGUCGAAACUGAAAGAAAACCCUGCGGUGUUUAUAUAUUAUAAUCGGGAUGAUAUAAGCAGCACGGCUGAUAGUAUGACUGAUAACAUUAUAGAUGCGAACGGCAUAAUCACUGAUGAGAGUUUUCGUACCAAUCUUGAAUUUUCUAAGAAUGCCAAUGUUAAUUUUCACAUCGACGGUGAGAACUUCAUUGAUCAUACGAACUCCAUUGAUUAUCCGACUCCCGCUAAUUGUGAAAACUCUGGGUACAUUAAUACGCACGUAAAUCCAAACAUUGCGGUUGUUGACACAUGUAACUUUCAUAAUGACGACACUCUUACUUAUAAACAUGGUACUGUUGCUGAAAAUGUUGACACUGCUCAUUUUGCAGACGGUGCUAGUGGAAAUUUUGCCUAUGAUAAUGCUUUCACCCUAUAUAGUGGUGGUGGUGAUGGGUGGUAG